AUGGCAUCAAAAUUAUCAACACUCGCAGAAAAUUUAUUAACACCAGGUUUCGAGAAGUUCAGAGAAACCGCAAAAGCAUUCUUACCCAGAGAUAUGGAUCUCGUCACACGUAAGGGUGUUUACCCAUACGAGUUUACCGAUAGUUGGGACAAGUUAGAAGAAACGAUUUUGCCUCGGAAAGAAGAUUUUUAUAGCACAUUAACGGAAGAACAUAUAGACGAUGAGGAAUACGAACACGCAGUCACAGUAUGGAACCAUUUCAAAUGCAAAACCCUAGGAGAAUAUAGCGAUUUGUAUCUAAAAAUUGAUGUGCUGCUGUUGGCUGACGUGUUCGAAAAUUUCAGAGACAUGUGCAUUUCUACAUACAAUUUAGACCCUGUUUACUACUUUACAGCUCCAGGUUUUAGUUUUGACUGUAUGUUGAAAUAUACCAAAGUCAAACUAGAAUUACUCUCUGAUUUUGACACCCACUUAUUUUUUGAAAAUUCAAUCCGUGGUGGCCUCACACAAGCAAGUAUGAGGUACGCUAAAGCUAAUAAUGAAAAAACCCAAGAUUAUGAUCCAACAAAGUCAAAAUCAUGGAUAGUUUACCAAGAUUGCAACAAUUUGUACGGGUGGGCAAUGUCACAGCACAUGCCAUACGGUGACUUUAAAUGGGUGGAGCCUAAGUUAGACGGGUUAGAUGUUUUGACGACGACGUCAGAUAUAGGCAGAGUGUAUGAGGUAGACAUAUCAUACCCUAAUGAACUCCAUGACUUACACAACGAUCUUCCAUUUUUACCUGAGAACAAAAUUCCUCCUGAUUCAAAAGUGAAAAAACUUAUGGCGACACUUCAUUCAAAAAAAAAUUACGUAAUCCAUUAUCGAAACCUGCAGCAAGCCAUAGCAAAUGGUUUAAUUGUAGAAAAAGUACACAGAGUUUUAGAGUUCAAACAAUCGGAUUGGCUUGCAAAAUACAUUAAAUUAAAUACUGAAAUGAGGAAGAACGCGAAGAAUGAAUUCGAAAAGGAUUUCUUCAAACUCUUAAACAAUGCCGUUUUUGGAAAAACCAUGGAAUCUUUACGGAAACGUUUUAAGAUGGAACUAGUUUCAUGUCCACAAAGAUUACAAAAACUAAUCAACAAGCAAACAUUUAAACAUUGUACGACAUACAGUGAAAAUCUUGCUGCUGUCUCAUUGGAAAACAAAAUUAUCAUGUUUAACAAGCCAAUAUAUAUAGGUUUCGCAGUAUUGGAUAUCAGUAAAACCAUGAUGUACGAUUACCAUUUUAAUGUAAUGAAGGCGCAUUAUGGUGAUAAUAUCAAUCUCAUGUAUACAGAUACAGAUUCACUGAUAUAUCACAUUAAGACUGACGAUUUUUACAAAGAUUUGAAGUGCAAUUCAAACUUACUUGACCGGAUGGAUACUUCAGAUUUGCCGAUAGACCAUCCAUGCUACAUUGCCGAACGAAAGAAAAUUCCAGGAUUGUUCUCCGAUGAGGGAAAGGGACAGCUAAUUACCCAGUUUAUCGCGCUUCGAGCAAAGUCAUACGCUUACAUUUUGAACGACAAGGAGAAAAUUAAGGCAAAAGGCGUCCGAGGGCACGUAGUUAAAAAUCACAUGACUUUCAAUGAUCAUUUCGAUUGCCUUUUCGCUGAUGGCGAAAAAGAGAACUUUAAACUGUAUACUAGGGAAAAUGUAUCCAUCAGAUCAUUCAACCAUAAGAUACGAACAAUCAAAUCCAAAAAAUUAUGCUUCAACCGACAAGAUGAUAAGCGGAUAGCAAAGACCGAUAGAAUACAUACCUACGCUCAUGGACAUUUUAAACUCGAUUGUUAA